UGUAGCUUCAUUUGAGCAGCAUCUGGGCAACGGUGCACUUGCGGGACACUUGCAGCCCUCUGUAACUGUCGAAGGGGCGAAGAUUCGCAAACGUGCGGCGCGCAGGCCACGAUGCACGCGUUGUUUGUUGCAGCGUGGUUGUUCCUCAUGUUCGUUGUCACGGCUACAUACCCAUGCGGAGGCAGGAUCGAGGCAUUAAGCGGGAAAAUCACGAGUCCAUCGUUUCCGAACGAGUACCCGCCCAACAUGAACUGCAUCUGGGAGAUCAUCACCCUCUCACCCAAGUACCCUACCAAGCUCUACGUCAACAAAUUUCACCUUGAAGGAGACAACGAAGACUGCAAGUUCGACUAUGUGGAAAUCAUCAGCGUGAUGAACGAUGGCACAAGCCAGAAGCACGGGCGCUUCUGCGGCUCCACCCUGCCACCCACCAUCACCUCCAAGGGCAAGAAGCUGCUCAUUCAAUUCAAGUCGGACGACUCGGGCCAGUACAGUGGCUUCGCGGCAGCUUUUUUUACAGAUUUCCCAUCCAUGGACGCACCAAAGCUCACCAGCGUCGUUCAUCCGAACGGCUCGAUACUGUUUUCGUGGAUAUGGAGGGAGGCACCGAGCCCUGAGCUGACAGGAUACUAUUUACGGGGUACCUCGUCGGACCACACAUUUGAGACAACUCUGUCGCCCCUGCUGAGUAGCUAUAUGGCGGAUUGCCUCAAGGGAUACACCGAAUACAACAUUACGCUGCAGCCCUUCUACGACUUCAACGGCCUGCAUAAAACUGGGAUGUCAACGCACUUGAUCGUGCGAACACCAGCUACUGCUCCGGGAGCACCGAUGAACAUCGUGCGGCGGUGGUCGCCGCGUAUAAUACAGGAUGGUGCACGACAACUAUCCGUAACCAUCCUCGAACCAGUGUCUUGGAACUCCAGUCCUGUCGGCUUCCGUUUGCGAUGGGAAACCAAUGGACAAAGCAACGAACCUGCGAGGGAUUUAGAUUUGCCUCUCGAGGCACCGAGACGCAAGAAAGACUUCAACGUCACCCUGUCUUUGAAGCCUGGGCGUGAAUACACACUGUUUGCCAGCGCACGUGGGCUCGGGGACUUCGGGGAAGUGCUCAUAGGUCCCGAGACGUCGGUGACAAUGGAAACUACUCCUCUGGCUCCCGCAAACUUGUCGGCGAAGAACAUUGACCCAACCAGCGCAAUCAUUUCAUGGCAAGCUGCGAGUCCGGUGCGAAGGUUUGUGAUUUAUCGAUCCUCUGACGCACCACUGCAUGCAUGUGAAGUCGGACUCUGUCCCUAUGACGACAAUUUGGAUACUGAUGACCAAUACUCUGUUGAUGGCACACGCCUCGGAACGUCGACUGUUGUGGUCGAUGGAAGUACACAGGAAUCGUCAUCCUACAAUCUGCCCCUGUUCAACCUCUUGUCGUCUGCGAAGUACACAGUCAAAGUCAAGGCAUGUGGUGCCGAAGUAUGCAGCAGCGAGACAAACACGACUUUUACAACUCCUCCUGCAGCUAUUCCCACGCCUGUAAUCACGACCGUCCUAUCGAACGACACCAGUUCCCUAUACUUGGAAUGGAACAUCAAGCUCCCGCGGCACGCGCCAGAGCUUAACCCGGAGUUCGAAGUGACAGUGAAGGCGAAUGGCUUCCACCGGCUCAUCCAGACGGUCGAGAAGGCGAUCACGAUAGGGGAUCUCGCCUCAGGCGCAGAGUACGAAGUUCAGGUGCUGCUUUCUCUAGAGAGGACACCUGGAAAACGAGAAUACGGCCGCCCUGCAAGAGCCACCAUAAGCACUUGGCCUCUUGUUCCUCUGGCUCCCACAUUGUCCACAAGAGGAUUCCAGUCCGCACCAGACAUAGCAGCUGUGUCAUGGAAUUUUCUUAACAGCACCGUUACGCAUGUUGAGGUUGCGACGAACUACAGCAACUGGGUGAAUUGCGAGAACUCGACAGUUUGCGACGAGGUCGUGCUUCACGGCUGGAAUUCCUCCUUUAAAGCGGGCUUUGUCAGGAUCUCAGAGCUUAGACCGCACACCACAUACUCACUAUCAGUGAAAGGCUGCAACGACCUAGGAUGUGGUGACGCGAACACAGUGGUCAUCACAACCGACAUGUCAGAGCCUAGUCGGCCUAGUAGCAUGACACUGAAUGCAGCAGAAGAUGGUACUUCGGCUCACCUCGAGUGGAAGGCGCCGGAUGAGCCAGGGGGUCCGCUGACGGGCUACGUGGUCUCCUGGCAAUGUGACCAGGACCAUCUCAUGGCUGCGACCACUGAUGAAUCCUUUUUUACCGUCCUUGGUCUUCCAGCUGCGGCCCAGGAGUGCACCUUCUCAGUGUAUGCUUUCAACGUGGCGUCUGACGAGCGGCAACUGCGCGGAAUAACUGCCACUCUGACGACACCUUGGCCACCCCAAAAGUGAUCUGAUCACCACGGCACUAUGGUGACCUACGUGCGCUACGCUCUGAACGUUGGUUAACAUGUAGUCAUGGCCAUCACAAUUCUAUCAGACGAAUAGAAAAAAGGAAGAACAA